UUCUUUGUUCUCAGCCGGCCCAGACUGAAAGUCUACUUUUCUCCCUCGUUACUGUUCGUCUUCAACCUCAGGACAGCCGAACCGAGACCGAGUUGGCUCGGUUUUUCUCCUCCAAAUCCGGCCUUCUCUCUAGUGUAUUCUUAAAAUUAGUUGAGGGGAAAUAUUUCCCUUAUCUCCCUCUUUCGUUUCCCCCGAGAAUCGGAAACCAAUUCCUUGUAUUUUAUAAGAAUCAAACUCGUUUAGAGUUUAUCUCUCCAACUAAAACAUAGGAUUUUCCGCUUCGAUUCCUCUCGUUCCGAGUUCGAUCUCCUUAAUCCAAGCCUAUAAAUAGCAUCCCCUAGUCGUGCUUUUCCGUUUGGCCCGAGUUUUAGCCGCAGCCGCCUCCUAUAGCGCCGUCGCCGCGCAAACCUAGCUCCGUAGCCGCUUCAGCCGCCUCGCGCCGUCGCCGUGGUGGUCGCCGCCGGUCGCCGUCGCUAUCACCGGGUUCGCAAGGAGGAGCCGCACCCCGUCCACCCCUCCGUUUCCGCCGAAGCCCACCGGAGCACCGCCGACGCCGUCAAGCCGAAGCCCGCCGCUGACCCGACCUCGUCGCCGGCCGUUUCCCAUCGUCGUCCGUGGUCGCGCCGCCCCUUCUUGUCGUUUCCAUUGUUUCGAAGGUUCGUGAGUGCGUCGGAAGUGUUCAAGAAGACUAAUUGAAGACCGAUUAUUGCAAGUCCUAAUCGGAGCUGCUCUCCAGCUGGGCCCAUAAUCUGCCUCGCGGUCGGCCUACUUACCCGAGGAAUUAAUAUUGGCCGCACCAAACACGUGCAUACCGCUUACGGCCUUGGCCUCCCUCGACUCACCACAUCCGUCGGUCGGUCGGGCACCAGACCCCCUUCGUCCGUCGCCUGCCACUGCCGUCGCGCCGAUCUCCAUCAUCGCAAGUAAAGCAGCGGUGCGGGCGUUUUGCCGCUUCCGCCGCAUACUCUCGCCUGAUUCCUUGCACCCAAGUCAAUCUCCCGUAGCGUCGGUCUCAAUCUCCUCGCGAGAGUCGCCCGCCGCCUGCGCCUAUAUCCAUCCACCACGUGAGUCGAGCAACGGUGUUGUCGUCCUGCUGCUUCCGCCUAUGGUCGGCUCCUGCGAACCAUGCCGUCGGCGCCCGACGAAGCCCAAGCGGGUGUCACCACCGGAACCGCCGAUCAUUCCUCCUGCAGCGGCGGCAAAGAGUUUCGGUUCAUCCUGUCACAGGACAUCAGCCUGCCGCUGUCGUUCCGCGUCAACCGCUUCGUGCCAGAUCGCACCCUGUUGAUUGAAAGAAGUGCUCCAGUGCUCUUUGUUGAGUGUACACUAUACAUUGAUGGAGUACAGUUUGGAUUGUCCACAAAUACAAGGUUGAAAUCUUUGGGAUCACCAUACUGCUGGAAUGAGCUUGUAACAUUAAGUGCCAAAUACAGAGACCUAACGCCCUUCUCACAUCUUGCAUUCACGGUGUGGGAUAUGUCAUCUGGUGAAGACAACAUCUAUAUUGUUGGUGGAACCACUAUAUCUCUUUUCAAUAGCAAAAACCAACUUAAAACUGGGAGGCUGAGGCUGAGAGUAUGGCCCAAUAAAAUGGCAGAUGGAAGUCUCUCCACCUCUACCCCUGGCAAGGUUCCCAAGACCAAGAGGGAAGAAAUAGAGAGGUUGGAAAGGGUUGCUAACAAGUACAUCAGAGGGCAGAUACCACAUAUAGGUUGGCUAGACAAUCUCAUUGCAAAUGCUGCUGAUAAACUUGAGAAAGAGAGUGAGAGAACUGAAAAUUUGCAUUCUAGCCUUAUUGUUGAACUAUGCAGCUUUGAACACAGAGUUGUCUUUCAGGAAUAUGGAGCAAAGUUGCAUACAUCAGUCCCUUCAUCCUUAGUGGAUAUAUCUAAGAAUAAACUUGUUAUUGCAUGUGAUCCUGAGAUUGGGCGAAUCAAUCCAUCUGAGCAUAAACACUCUGUGCUUGCUUGGAGCUUGGCUCGUGGAGUAAAUGAUAGAGAGAUGAAGCCAAGCUCAGUUGACCAAAAGUUAAUACAAAACAUCCUCAAGUAUCCACCCACACGCACUUUAAAUGUGGAUGAAAAGCAAUUGUUGUGGAAAUUUCGUUUCUAUUUGACAUCUGAGAAGAAAGCUCUUGUAAAGUUCCUCCUCUCUGUGGAAUGGAGUGACAUCCAGGAAGCCAAACAAGCUGUUGCGUUGAUUCCAAGGUGGGAAUCUAUUGAUGUGGCUGAUGCAUUGGGGCUUCUUUCACCAGUUUUUCAAAAUGAGGAAGUUCGUGCUUAUGCUGUCGGCGUGUUUGAAAGGGCCAGCGACGAAGAACUGCAAUGCUAUUUGCUGCAACUUGUACAAGGCCUGCGGUUUGAAAGAUCUGACAGAUCUCGUCUAGCACACUUCCUUGUGAAUCGGGCUUUGUCAAAUUACGAACUUGCUAGCUUUCUUCGCUGGUAUUUAGUUGUUGAGCUUCAUGAUCCUUCUCAUGCAAGAAGGUAUCUAUGUACAUAUGAGAUGCUUGAAGAUGCUAUAAUGAGAUCAGUACAUAAGGAGGAAAAUGGAUUUCAAGUGUGGCAGAGUUUGAUAGAGCAGGCAGAACUCACUGCUCAGUUACGUUCUAUAAUGAAGGAACUAUCAAAUGUCAAACAUGACGCACAAACUAAAGGCAGGAUAUUAGAACAGUUAUUCUCCGGAAUUUUCAGUGAGCUUAAAAACUUCAGUGAGCCAAUUCCAUCUCCAUUAACACCGACUGUCCUCCUUGACGGAAUUGUGCCUGAAGAGUCAUUGGUAUUCAAAAGUGCUAAUUAUCCAUUGUGUAUAGCAUUUAGUACUGUGAAUGGGGGUACAUCGAAAAUGAUUUUCAAGAAGGGAGAUAAUCUCCGCAAGGAUCAGUUGGUUAUUCAAAUAAUCUCUUUGAUGGAUCGGUUGCUCAAGUCAGAUAAUCUAGACUUACACCUUACUCCUUAUCAAGUUCUUGCGACUGGUCUAGAAGAAGGGUUGGUUGAGUUUAUUCCUUCAAUUUCUGUUGCAAAGAUUAUACAAAAAACGGGCAGUAUAGAAAGUUACCUACAAAAGUGUAAUCCGGAUGAAGAUGGCCCUUUUGGUAUAACUGCCCAAUGUUUGGAAACUUUUAUAAAAAGUUGUGCUGGCUACAGUGUCAUUACAUACAUACUGGGGAUUGGAGACAGGCAUCUUGACAACCUUCUCCUACAAGACGAUGGAAGACUUUUCCAUGUUGACUUCUCGUAUAUGCUUGGGGAACAACCACAUCGAUUUGCACCACCAUCACCACCGAUGAAAUUAUGCAAAGAAAUGGUUGAGGCCAUGGGUGGUACUGAAAGUGAAUACUAUGCAAGAUUCAAGUCCUACUGUUGCGAGGCAUACAACAUAUUACGAAAGUCCAGCAACCUCAUACUGAAUCUUUUUUAUCUGAUGACUGGAUCAAAUAUUGAGAGUAUCACAGACAAAGGGACUUCUAAGCUACAGCAAAAUUUCCGGUUGGAUCUAGACGACGAGGAUGCUAUACAUUUUCUCCAGGGUCUUAUCAACGAAAGUAUCAGUGCUUUCUUCCCUCAAGUGGUUGAGACCAUCCAUCAAUGGGCACAGUCUAGGCGUUAAAAACAUUUAUAAUAUUUGGUCAAGACAUUUAUAAUAUUUGGUCUGUACAUGUCAGUUUUGAAGUUCUUUUCUGUUACGGUGACAUCAUAUUUUCUUCGAUAACUACAAGGCUCUUAACUGCAUUCUACAACAUAAUGUGUAUUUUAUGGUGAUGCAACAGAUCUUCUGUUAUCAUCAGUUACAAAGGAAACUGCCAUCUCUGGAUGCUGGUCUUAUUCAUAUAUCUACCAAAAGCACUACACAUGUUGCCAUGUAGUUGGAAGAGAACUUCAACCCGUGGGAUCAAUAUUUAGGGUAUAAUGUCACUCAUCCGCAAUGUUGGAUUUGGAGUGCCCUGGAGAACAGAGUAAAAAGAGAAGGAUGCUGCUAUAUGUUCAUUAGUAGACGAUUCUUAUAACUAGCUUCUGAUUAGCAGUCAGUUUUGUACAGUACCAUCUAUACUAGAAUGUCUAUAGUUAUAUGAAGUUACUUACUAAACCGAUAGCAUAUUGUCUUGUGUAUAACUACUGUCCAAAGGAAAAUUUCAAAUUUACUUAACUAUUGCCUUUUUCUA